GCAACAAGCCGCACUAUAAAAUUGCCGUCUAGUCCUCUUUCGUUGGAUCUGAGGUGCAGGUGCUGGUUCUAACCUUGCUCAUCCAAGCUAAAACCCAGCUUGUUAAUGCUGAAAAAUUGUGGAGACCUGAGCUGAAGAGUUUUAAAGAAGAUCUUCAAUGUCUGAUCUGUGCUGGGAAUAUUUGUUCGAGACAUUGUAAGAAGGGUCAAGUGCUUUCAAGAUGAGCCGGCCAAUGGAGGAAGAGGUUACCAAGAAUGAGGAGGAGGAGUUUAAUACAGGACCCCUUUCAGUACUAAUGAUGAGUGUCAAAAAUAACACUCAGGUGCUCAUUAAUUGUCGGAACAACAAAAAACUACUUGGUCGUGUUAGAGCCUUUGAUCGUCAUUGCAACAUGGUUCUUGAAAAUGUCAGGGAGAUGUGGACUGAGGUACCAAAGACAGGGAAAGGCAAGAAAAAGGCCAUGCCAGUGAACAAGGAUAGAUUCAUUAGUAAGAUGUUUCUCCGUGGAGACUCUGUAAUCAUUGUUCUUAGGAAUCCCAAGUGAGUGAGAGCUGCUUCGCAAUGAAAGGGAUCUUGUGAGGAGUACAAGUAUAUUAAUAUAUCUGAAGUGGAUAUUGGCUGCUGUUAUUGUCACAGCAAAACUUGGUUUUAUGCCAGAGCCUUUCCCCAUUUCAGAAGAGUGUGUUUCAUAUGGGCUGUAAAACCAAAUUUAGUUUCUCUAUGUAGGCAGUAUAGCUGACAUGUACGCAUGGAAUCAAUACGACUGGUGUCGAGUAGUUACAGUAGGUACCCCUGUUAAGUUGCGAUUACUUUGUUGUUGACAUUGUACCUGGUAGGUAGUUAUUCUCUUACCCUCUCUCUCUAAUGUCUUGAAUUAGUAUAAUUUCGUUUAUGAAAAUAUCAUGGCCCGUUAUCUCAA